GUCCGGACCGAGUAGGUGGCUAGGAAGGGAGGAAGUUGUUGUGUCGUGCAAAAUAAAAAUUUAUUUUAUUGCACAUUUUUGCAAGAUUUGGCAAAUAUUGUGAUUUUUUCGAGUAGUGAUUAUUGUGCCCCAGUUUUUUUGCGGAGAUGAAGGAUAAGGCGAACAACAAUGCGGAAAAGGACGCCUUUUUUGAGGGGAUCCUUGAAGGGGAAGGAGACGACGAGGAGUACCCCUUGUUCGUGGAGAUGAUGCAUUUCAACUCGUUGGGUAGAGAGGAAUGGCGAGAAGCUUCAAGGUGGGUGAAAUAUGAAGAGAACGUGGAACAAGGUGGGAAACGAUGGUCGAAGCCAUUCGUGCCGACCGUGAAGGCUCAAGCGAUUCACGAUUUGAGAAAGGGAUUCGAUUCGGGCGCGAUAAUUGUGGAUCUCGACUUCGACACGGGGGACGGGGAGGGGAAGACUUUUCGCCAGCUGGUCGAACGUUGGGCGGCGCAGGGCUCGAUUGAGGAGAUGCACAGGGCCAAGAUCCUCCAAACUUUGUUGCGACCUAAAGUCCAUCACUACGAGGAGAGCGGGCUUUUUCAAAAAAGGAAGAAGCAAGAAGUCCAUAAACCAAAACUGGAGCCGCACAUGCUUCAACAUCGGAGAACCAGCCUUUCCUCAGUCGUUUAUCAUCACCAUUUGCCAAAAAAGGAUGACGAAGAGAAAAACUUGCAAUUCAUGCGAAAAAUUGCGUCCAACGCGGAAUGUGUCAACGUGAUGGUGGGACAACUGUAUUUUUUGCAAGUUCCAAUCGCCGCCUUUUUGCGAUUAGGGGAAGCCGUCGUGCUCGGGAAUUUGACCGAAGUCCCGCUGCCGACGAGAUUCUUGUUCGUCCUACUGGCCCCGGUGGAAAUGGAUUUCUACGAGAUUGGCAGAGCCGUCGGGACCAUGUUUACGGAUCCCAGGUUCCGAUCCGCCGCGUACAAAGCGGACAAACCCGGACAGAUUUUGCAAGCGUUGGAAGCAUUUCAAAAAUCGACAUCACUUUUGCCACCGGCCUCGUGGGAUGCGUCUAUCAGGCUGGAACCGCAGGCUAAAGACGGAAGUGGCGACGAAGAUUCGGAUGAGGAGGACAACCCAGAAGAUACAGGGCUGGUUCGGAGUGGGAAAUUAUUUGGCGGAUUGUACAACGAUGUUAAGAGGAAGUUACCUUGGUAUAAAUCUGACAUAACGGAUGCCUUAUCACUGCAAUGUCUGGCGACCUGGUUGUUCCUCUAUUUUGCCUGUCUCACCCCGAUCAUCACGUUUGGCGGGCUUAUGGGCCUAGCCACGCACAAUUACAUGGGGACAAUUGAAACUAUGAUGGCGGGAGCGUUAUGUGGCGUCGGAUUUGCACUAUUUUCCGGUCAACCCUUGCUCAUUUUGGGGUCGACGGGACCCGUGCUCGUGUUUGAAACAAUUUUGGUCCACUUUUCUGAAUCUAACGGGCUGGAUUAUCUCGAGUUUCGGUUAUGGGUGGGCGUCUGGAUAGCCGCGAUUUUGGUCGUGCUCGUCGCCUUGGAUGCAAGUUCGCUCGUUUCGUACAUCACGAGAUUUACCGAGGAUGACUUUGCCACCUUGAUCGCGGUCAUUUUCAUGGUCGAGGCCGUAAAAAAUGUGAUGCUGAUUAGAAACAUUGACCAUGAUAUCGGAUCGUUCGGAAAUUAUACGGAUUCCAAUGGAGAGGACCUGGACAAUAAUAUCACGGAGGGUGCAGUACCUUGGAAUUGGGAAUUUGCUGUGGAUAAUGAUUAUGCAAAUUCGACAACCGAACCACACCCCUUGAUCACCUCGCUGCAAGCCCAGACCAACCAAACGGUCUUCUUAAUGUCUCUCCUCCUCUUUUUUGGCACAUUCUUCGUCUCUUUUAUGCUAAAAGAAUUUCGCGUCUCACCCUUCUUCCCGACCGCGUUUCGCUACAUUGUGUCCGAUUUUUCGGUCGUUUUGGCAAUCGGGGCGUGCACUCUGGUCGACUUCCUGGUUGGGAUUCAAACCCCGAAAUUAGUCGUUCCUGACAAGUUUGCGCCCACGUCGGACGAACGAGGCUGGGUGAUCAGCCCGUUCGGGAAAAAUCCAUUUUGGAGCAUUUUCGCCGCCAUUUUGCCCGCAUUGUUGGCAACGAUUUUGAUUUUUAUGGAUCAGCAAAUCACUGCAGUUAUUGUGAACAGGAAGGAUCACAAGUUGAGGAAAGGGUGUGGCUACCAUCUCGACCUGUUCCUUUUGGCUGGAUUAAUUUGCAUCAACUCGUUCCUUGGGCUACCCUGGUUUUGCGCGGCCACCGUGGAAAGCCUCACGAAUGUAAAUUCCCUAAAAAUGGAAUCCGAAUCUGCCGCGCCAGGGGAGAAACCGCGCUUUUUAGGUGUUCGUGAGCAGCGAGUUUCGAACGUUUUGGUCUUCCUCUCAGUUGGACUAUCUGUCCUUUUAACACCAAUUUUGAAAUUUGUGCCGAUGCCGGUUCUCUACGGGGUGUUUCUAUACAUGGGAUUCUCCGCUCUGAUGAGGAUGGAACUUUUCGAGAGGAUCCUGCUUUUCGCAAUGCCACUAAAAUACCAACCGGAUCACGGAUAUUUGAGAAACGUCCCCUUGGCGAGGGUCCACCUAUUCACACUGAUUCAACUCCUUUGUCUGAUUCUGCUGUGGGUAAUCAAAUCUAUGAAAGCAACAGCAAUACUGUUUCCCUUAAUGUUGGUAGUGAUGAUGGUCGUUCGCAAGCUGCUGGAUUACAUUUUCACUCAAAAAGAACUCCAAGCUUUGGACGAUUUGCUGCCGGAUUCGAAACGUAAAAAAACCAAGAAAACAGUACCCCCGCCAAAAAAGCUGGCUAGCACGGCCCCGCCAAGAAGUCCGGCGGUGACGAAAAUGGAGAAUGAGAAAGAACCCGAAGAGAAAAUACGAACGUACAGUUUUGACACGCCUGUGGAAGAAGAGGAGGAAGACGCCGUCCCUGUUGGGACGACUGACCGUGACUUGGACAUCAUUGAAGAAUCAGAGUAACAUGAGAAUGCUCAAAAAAGCUUACUUUUAAUGAUAUGUACUAACGUUGUUAAAUAUUUGAAUAAGAAUUUAGAACCUAAGGAUGAAUUGUAAAUAAAGUUAAAUAAAAAUGUCGCCGAGAGGGCGAGUUAGUAUACCGAAAA